AAUCGGUACAAGUCUAAGAGACACCAGUUGAUUUAUAGAAAUUACCUAUUUUGUUUUCUUCCAUUAAUAUAAGCACGCAAUAGGUUACAUAGGUUGUGUGUAUUGAAAAUUGUGUUUGGGACAAAAUGAAGUUCUAUGUUAUUUUAAUUUUUUGUUUGAUGGACCAAGUGUAUGGACUGGAGAGGCCCAAAAAUGAAUCAAAAUAUGUUACACGUGACUGAAUAUAUUUUACCAUGUCACAAAACGGACCCAAACAUCAACACUUGUUUGGUGGGCACUUUCAAUCAUCUAAGGCCCUACCUGAUAACCGGUAUAAAAGACAUAGAGGUGCCCAGUAUAGACCCAUUGAAAAUCGAAAAACUUAUCAUGGAGAAUGGGCAAGGGGCUUUUAGGGUAAGGGCCUCUUUCUACAACAUCACUGCCACUGGUGCCAGUAACUACAGUGUCAAGACCAUUAAAGCUGAUGUAGAAAAUUACCACAUUGAGCUGGGCAUCAAGCUACCUCGUAUUGAAAUUCGUGGUAAAUACGAAGUUAAUGGUAAUGUUUUACUUUUUCCAGUCAGAUCAAAAGGAGACUUUUGGGCCAUAUUUUUGGAUGUAGAUGCAGCUGCCAAAAUUUUCGGAAAAGAAGUGCUAAGGGAUGGUGAAAGAUAUAUGAGAAUCGACAAGAUGUUAGUUGAUUUUAGACUACAAAAAAGCAGAUUCAGAAUCAGAGAUAUUAUCAAUCACGGAAAUGUUAUUGGCGAAGCAAUGAACCAAUUCCUCAACAACAAUUCCGAGGAAAUCAUCAAGGAAAUGAAGCCAGCUGCGAACGCAGCCAUAGCGAAACAUUUCAAGGGCUUCUUGAACAGCGCCUUCCUCAAAAUACCCCUGCCAAUUUGGUUGCCAGGCGCAUAGACUCGGCAACACCGCGCCGGCGUAGUGCAAGGGUGCUUGUCUGCUUUUACCAAACAAGAGAGUUAUUUGUGAUUUUCGGAUUUGAGUCCGAACAAAAAAUUUUAAGCUUUAUUGUACGAGAUAGAUGUAAGGGUUGAUACUGUUUUUGGAAGUCGAU